AUGAGGCCUUAUCAUCGGAGACUCUGGUGUUGGGGAUGCCUAGGUCCUACGGGGUCUCUGGGCCACCGCUGGGUUGCAGCCCACCAGGUCUACAGGCGAUGCUUCUGUCUGAGCUUCGCUCCGCUUAUCAACUUCACACGGGAUGGGGGAUGGGGACCACCAUGCUGCUGGGCCCCUUCUCCCACCACCAAGCUAGUCUUGCACUCGGAGCUCAAGGCUCAGCUGCCUAAUCACCCUUGCAGGGCCUGCCCCCCUGUUAUAGAAACAUUAUCACGACUUUCUCGCACACCUAUAGCAUUGGCCACAGGAAUCAGGCCCUUCCCAACAGAAGAAAGCAUCAAUGACGACGACAUCUACAAAGGCCUUCCUGAUUUAAUAGAUGAAACCCGUGUGGACGACGAAGAAGAUCUCUACGACUGUGUCUACGGGGAAGAUGAGGGCGGAGAAGUCUACGAGGACUUAAUGAAAGCAGAGGAGGUGCAUCAACCCAAAUGUCCAGAAAAUGACAUACGAAGUUGUUGCCUAGCAGAAAUUAAGCAGACUGAAGAAAAAUAUACAGAAACUUUGGAGUCAAUAGAAAAAUAUUUCAUGGCACCACUAAAAAGAUUUCUGACAGCAGCAGAAUUUGAUUCAGUAUUCAUCAACAUUCCUGAACUUGUAAAAGUUCAUCGGAGCCUCAUGCAAGAGAUUCAUGAUUCCAUUGUAAAUAAAAAUGACCAGAACUUGUAUCAAGUUUUUAUUAGCUACAAGGAAAGAUUGGUUAUUUAUGGGCAGUACUGCAGUGGGGUGGAGUCAGCCAUCUCGAGUUUAGACUACAUUUCUAAGACAAAAGAAGACGUCAGACUGAAAUUAGAGGAAUGCUCCAAAAGAGCAAAUAAUGGGAAAUUUACUCUUCGGGACUUGCUUGUGGUUCCUAUGCAGCGUGUUUUAAAGUAUCACCUUCUCCUCCAGGAACUGGUCAAACACACCACUGAUUCCAUUGAGAAGGCAAAUCUGAAGCUGGCUCUUGAUGCAAUGAAGGACUUGGCACAAUAUGUGAAUGAAGUGAAAAGGGAUAAUGAGACCCUUCGUGAAAUUAAACAGUUUCAGCUAUCUAUAGAAAAUCUGAACCAACCGGUUUUGCUCUUUGGACGACCUCAGGGAGAUGGUGAAAUUCGAAUAACCACUCUAGACAAGCAUACAAAACAAGAGAGGCAUAUUUUCUUAUUUGAUUUGGCUGUGAUCGUAUGUAAAAGGAAAGGUGAUAACUAUGAGAUGAAGGAAAUAAUAGACCUUCAGCAGUACAAGAUAGCCAACAAUCCUACAACGGAUAAAGAAAACAAAAAGUGGUCUUAUGGCUUCUACCUCAUCCAUAUUCAAGGACAAAAUGGGCUCGAAUUUUAUUGUAAAACAAAAGAUUUAAAGAAGAAGUGGCUGGAACAGUUUGAAAUGGCUCUGUCUAACAUAAGGCCAGACUAUGCAGACUCCAACUUCCAUGACUUCAAGAUGCAUACCUUCACACGGGUUACGUCCUGCAAAGUCUGCCAGAUGCUCCUGCGAGGAACAUUUUACCAAGGCUAUUUAUGUUUUAAGUGUGGAGCCAGAGCACACAAAGAAUGUUUGGGGAGAGUAGACAAUUGUGGCAGAGUUAAUUCUGGUGAACAAGGAACGCUCAAACUACCUGAGAAACGGACCAAUGGACUCCGAAGAACUCCCAGACCGGUGGAUCCAGAUAUGCCCUUUCCUGUUCGUUUCUUCAUUUCUUUGGCGCCUGCUAUUAGAAGCAUUGUAAAAAGCCAAAAGAAGAACAAGAAAUUCUAAGGACGUUGUAGAAGAUGCAGCCUUGGGGCUUUGGAAAAUCACAGGAGACAGGCAGGGUCAGUGUCCAGCAACAAUAGCUGGGGAAUCUCUUUUUGUCCCCCUUUAUACAGGGAAGGAUAAAGAAGAGAUCACAUGGACAUUUAGUAAGGUUUAGCUCAUUUUCUAAUUCAAAGUAGUUUGGAAAGAGGAGUUUGAGCAGGUAGAAUAGCAGGAGUUUUUUGUAAGGUGAAACAGAAUGAAAGUGCAAGCAAAAAUUUUUCUGCCUUCAGUUUUAAAGAACACCAGCCUAACUCGUUUUUCUUUUUUCCCUGUGUUCUUUCUGACCUUCUUAUCAGCUCUUGAUUUUCUCCCUUGGGCAUUUUCUCCAUAUAGUCAGAGCUGACUCCCUCAGAAAUCCUGAACCCCACAUUAUAUUGCGAAAGCACUGAAGAGAAUUCAAAAAUAAACAUGUUGAGAUACGUAGCUCGGGAACUGUCACAGGAUACUUCUGUAAGAAGACACUGCCAGCUAGAAGCCAAAAUAAAGUAAAAUUCCAUUUAA